CAGAAGAAGGCGGGGUGGGUGGAGCUGAGCCAGGGCCAGGGAUAAACACCAAGUCCUAACUCAUAGUACUCACCCGUCUUCCGUUCGUCCUCAGUGCAGGGCAACAGGACUUCGGGAUCAAGAUGGUGGCAGCAGCUGUGUUGCUACAGUGCUGCCCAGUGCUUGCCCGAGGUCCCACAAACCUCUUGGGUAAAGUGGUAAAGGCUCAUCCAUUCCUAUUUAGUAGUGGACGCUGUCCUAUCCUGGCUACCCAAGGACCAACAUGUUCUCAAAUCCAUCUUAAGACAACCAAAGCUGGAGGAGACUCUCCAUCUUGGCCUAAAGGCCACUGUCCCUUCAUGCUGUCAGAACUCCAGGAUGGGAAGAGCAAGAUUGUGCUGAAGGCAGCCCCCGAAGUCCAGGAGGAUGUAAAAACUUUUAAGACAGAAAUGCUGAGCUCCCUGGCCUCAACCAGCCUGAGGAAGACACUCACUCCUUCCCAGGAUCCAGAGCAGAUUACAGGAAAACUUACUCAACUGAUUCAGGACAAUAUGGCUGGAGACCAUGUCUUUGGUUAUGACCAGUUCUUCAGAGAUAAGAUCAUGGAAAAGAAACUGGAUCAUACCUAUCGUGUGUUCAAGACUGUGAACCGCUGGGCUGAUGCAUACCCCUUUGCGCAACACUUCACUGAUGCAUCUGUGGCCUCAAAGGAUGUGUCUGUCUGGUGUAGUAAUGAUUACCUGGGCAUGAGCAGGCACCCUCGGGUCUUGCAAGCAACACAGGAGACCCUGCAACAACAUGGAGCUGGAGCUGGUGGUACCCGCAACAUCUCAGGCACCAGUAAAUUUCAUGUGGAGCUUGAGCAGGAGCUGGCUGAACUGCAUCAGAAGGAUUCAGCCCUGCUUUUUUCUUCCUGCUUUGUGGCCAAUGACUCUACUCUCUUCACACUGGCCAAGAUCCUGCCAGGGUGUGAGAUUUACUCAGAUGCAGGCAAUCAUGCUUCCAUGAUCCAAGGCAUUCGCAACAGUGGAGCAGCCAAGUUUGUCUUCAGACACAAUGACCCUGAUCACCUGAAGAAACUUUUAGAGAAAUCCAAUCCCAAGACACCCAAAAUUGUGGCAUUUGAGACUGUUCAUUCCAUGGAUGGUGCCAUCUGUCCCCUUGAGGAGUUGUGUGAUGUGGCCCACCAGUAUGGGGCCCUGACCUUCGUGGAUGAGGUCCAUGCUGUAGGACUGUAUGGGUCCCGGGGUGCUGGGGUUGGGGAACGUGAUGGAAUUAUGCACAAGAUUGACAUCGUCUCUGGGACUCUUGGCAAAGCCUUUGGCUGUGUGGGCGGCUAUAUUGCCAGCACUCGUGACUUGGUGGACAUGGUACGCUCCUACGCUGCUGGCUUCAUCUUCACCACCUCACUGCCCCCCAUGGUACUCUCUGGGGCUCUUGAAUCUGUACGUCUGCUCAAGGGAGAAGAGGGCCAAGCCCUGAGGAGAGCCCACCAGCGGAAUGUCAAGCACAUGCGCCAGCUACUAAUGGAUAAGGGCCUUCCUGUCAUCCCCUGCCCCAGCCACAUUAUCCCUAUCCGGGUGGGUGAUGCAGCACUCAACAGCAAGAUUUGUGAUCUCCUACUCUCCAAGCACAGUAUCUAUGUGCAGGCCAUCAACUACCCAACUGUCCCCCGAGGUGAGGAGCUGCUGCGCCUGGCACCCUCUCCCCAUCACAGCCCUCAGAUGAUGGAAAUUUUUGUGGAGAAGCUGCUGUUAGCCUGGACUGAAGUGGGACUGCCUCUCCAAGAUGUUUCUGUUGCUGCCUGCAAUUUCUGCCGCCGUCCAGUGCACUUUGAGCUUAUGAGUGAGUGGGAGCGCUCCUACUUUGGGAACAUGGGACCCCAAUAUCUCACCACCUAUGCCUGAGAUGCUAGCUGCCUUCAAUGGCUACCCCACCUGCACUUCCCUUGAGGCUGGCCUCCUCUCUCCUCUGCUCUGUUGUGUGCCUCUAGCUGAUAUGAAUCUAAAAAUAAAGAGCAAACUGCA